AUGUCCUAUCAACAAUCUUAUCCAUCACAACCACCUCGUAGUCAUUCGCCUAAUCCACCCUACCCGUCUUCUCCCGGCCGAUCUCCAUCCAGAAAUGGAGCUCCACCCGCACCAUAUGAACAAUACUAUCAUCCAACCCAAUCACCACCAUUAGGCCCUUAUCAUUCUCAAUCUCAUUUAGAUCACAGUCAAAGUCAAGUAUUUUACCCAGAAGAAUCAGGUGAAAAAGUCCCUUUGACUUCGACUGCUGCUCCUUUAGCUGGUUAUCCACAACCUCAUUUACAUCAUCAACAUUCUCAAACUCGUCUUCAAUAUCCUCCUCAUCAAGGCUUCAGUCAAAGUUCCCCUUCUAUUGCUGCUUCUGAAGAUGAUUGGCGUAGAAGAGCUCGUCCUAUUCAACGUGGGAUCACUAGACGUGUAAAACUUACGCAAGGUAAUUUUAUCAAUGAUUAUCCUGUACCAAAAGCAAUUUCAAACUCUGUAGAACAAAAAUAUAAACAACAAGCAGGUGAUAGUAAAGAAUUCACACAUUUAAGAUAUGCAGCAGCUACAUGUGAUCCGGAUGAUUUUACUCCAAUGAAUGGUUGGAAAUUAAGAAGCGCAAGAGAUGAUCGCGAAACGGAAUUGUUAAUCGCAGUAACUUAUUAUAACGAAGAUAAAAUUUUGUUUGCCAGAACGAUGCAUGGAGUGAUGAUGAAUAUUCGUGAUAUUUGUAGAUCUAAUUCUAAGUUUUGGAAUGGUAAAGGUGGUGGUGAAGAUGGAAAGAAAACAGGUGAAGGUUGGAAACGAAUUGUGGUUUCAUUAAUCUUUGAUGGAAUUGGACCUUGUGAUAAAAACGUGUUGGAUGUUUUAUCUACAAUCGGUGUUUAUCAAGAUGGUUUAAUGAAAAAAGAAAUCGACGGAAAAGAAACCGUAGCCCAUAUCUUCGAAUACACCACUCAACUUUCAAUAGAUUCGAAACCAUCAUUAGUAGCACCAGUUCUAGAAGCUUCAGCAGAAGCAGCUAAAUCGAAUCUAGUACCGGUUCAAUUGAUUUUUUGUUUAAAACAAAAGAAUGCGAAGAAAAUCAACUCUCAUCGUUGGUUAUUCAAUGCGAUUGCAAAACAACUUAAACCUGAAGUUUGUAUUUUGAUUGAUGCUGGUACCAAACCUGGUAAACGUUCCCUUUAUUAUCUUUGGCAAGCAUUUCAUAAUAAUCGUAAUCUAGGUGGUGCUUGUGGUGAAAUUUACGCCAUGUUGAAGAGUGGAAAGAAGUUAUUAAAUCCAUUGGUAGCAGCUCAAAACUUUGAAUAUAAGAUGUCAAACAUUUUAGAUAAACCAUUAGAAUCAGCUUUCGGUUAUGUAUCAGUGUUACCGGGUGCCUUUUCAGCUUAUCGUUAUGCAGCCUUACAAGGUAGACCAUUACAACAAUACUUUCACGGUGAUCAUACUUUAGCCGAUAGGUUAGGCAAAAAAGGUGUUAAUGGCAUGGGAAUCUUUACCAAGAAUAUGUUUUUGGCUGAAGAUCGAAUCUUGUGUUUCGAAUUAGUUGCUAAAGCUAAUGAUGCUUGGGUUUUAUCUUAUGUUAAAGAGGCUAAAGGAGAAACUGAUGUACCUGAACAAGCUGCUGAAUUGAUUUCUCAAAGAAGAAGAUGGCUCAAUGGAUCUUUUGCUGCUUCAGUUUAUGCUACUAUUCAUUUCUUUAGAUUCUAUAAAUCCGGUCAUAAUCCAAUUCGUCUUUUGAUGUUUCACAUUCAAGCUCUCUUUAACUUGGCUCAAUUAGUUUUUACGUGGUUUGCACCUGCCAACUUAUGGCUUACUUUCAGUAUCAUUAUUGCUCUCUUACCCCACAAUGGGAUCUUCUUAUUCAAAGACGAAGUCAUCACUCAUUGGGUUAAUUUAUCAUGUCAAUGGGUUUACUUAGGAGCCUUGGCUUUACAAUUCGUUUUAGCACUUGGAAAUCGUCCAAAGGGUGAACAAACCACAUACGUGAUUUGUUUGGUCAUCUUUGGAAUUCUCUCUUACUACCUACUCGCUUGUGCAGCACUUUUAACAGUUAAAGCUUUCAGUAGUAUCGAUUUUGAUGGUUCACCUACAAUCAAAGAAAAGUUUACGGUCUUGAUUAGUGGUACCAAUGGAGUCUUAUUAGCUGCUUUGGUUUCAACUUAUGGAAUCUAUUUGAUUGCUUCGAUCUUGUAUGCUGAUCCUUGGCAUAUGCUCUCGUCUUUUCCACAAUACAUGGCUUUGGCACCUUCGUUUACCAAUGUCUUGAAUGUAUACGCAUUUUGUAACCUUCACGACGUAUCAUGGGGAACAAAAGGAUCAGACAAAGCAGACGCAUUACCAUCAGUUCAAUCAUCUAAAGAAAAAACAGAAGAAGCAGCCACAGUGGCUGAUGUGGUCAGAACAGAAGAAGAUUUGGACGCUAAUUUCAAAACUGUAGUUGGUAGAGCUAUAUCUGCUUGGGAUGCGGUGGAAGUCAGAGAAAGACCUACGGAAGAUGAUGGGAACAAAACUUUCAGAACUCGUUUGGUGUCGGUUUGGAUGUUGUCUAAUGCUGCUCUUGCUGUUGCUAUCGCGAAUGUCAAUGGAUUGAACACUUCUGUUAGUGAUGAAGAGAAGAAACAAUCAACUUAUUUUAAUAUCAUUCUUUGGUCUACAUUUGGAUUAUCUGCGGUUAGAUUUAUUGGAUCUGUUUACUUUUGGUUGGUUAGGAAUUCAACUAGAUGUUGUAAGAAAACAUAA